AUGUCACGGCUUCAAGAUACACGAAACCCUACUCAAUUGAUAAACCAACUCAACAAAGAGCUCCAGAAACAACUACAAGAAUGUCAACUAAAAGAUAUAAAGUUGAAAGCACAUAAUUAUGUAUUUGGAAUCGAUAACCUUCAGGAGCUUAUCUAUUACAUCCAAGCUACCACGUCAUCAACAGGAUUAGCCAAUCAUUACUAUUUGAAUGUGCUCUUCUUCAAAGAGUUUGCGGAACAGUUGAACCGCUUCUAUCUCCGGUUCCAACAGCUCUUUCCCGAGGGAGGAGGAGGCGACGAUUCCAGAAAGAAGCUGGAGGAAGUUAUGGCCGUCUUGCAACGACAUCACCAUACGUUCAUUAAGAUGAUCACUCAAAUGUUGGAGGAGUAUGACUUGAGUUAUGCUUUGGACGGUACCCUAAAACCUCCCUCUAUCAUUGCUGAACUAACUGUUGAUUUGUUGCUAUCAACGUUGAGGGCCACCAGCCAGGCGGAAACGGAGUCUACCACCAACUGUUCUAGAUUAUAUGCUUCACUCAUUGACAUUGGGAUGAGCAUUUUCGAUGCUUUCAAUCAACCAGGAUCAGAACUAAAGUCAUCAUCAUCAUCAUCACCAUCAGAUGGAUCGUUAGGCACUAAACUAUUCAUCUUUGUAUCAACACUCCUAAAGACCUUAUAUUCAAAGGGUAUGACUCAAUACAUGAAAAGAGUGUUUGACUCAAGCAUAAACCCAAAAACUCCAUUGUCUAUCUUGUCUCAAUCCACAAUCGUAAUACCCAUGAUAAUCGACUUUUAUCGUUAUUCAAGCUUCUGUCUUAUAGACUUGGCAUGUGAAGACGACAAAGAUAACGACAUCAAUGAUUCAUAUACCAAAAGAGCUCAGGAAUACUUGGAUAUUCUUGUGACCAUACCAAACUUAAACCUAAGUCUAUUUCAAGGUCCAGAGAUCGAUAUGCUCCAGAAAUCAACGUCUGUAAUGAAAUCUUCAUCAGCAACAUCAAUUUCUUUGCUUGAAAGAGAAGAAGUUUCCCUAUUGUUCAUCUUGAAUUAUUUGAUCGGACUUACCCGAAUAGAACAGUUGAUGACUCCAUCAAUAACUUAUAAACAAGAGUUGAAGUUUCUUGCAAAGUCAUUGAAGUUCUCUCUUAGCAGUGACAUAAGACAACAGUCGCUCCCCAAUAGUCGAAGUUCUAGUAUAUCUUCACUAUUCCAGAUGCAACAUCAACAUCAAGAGUCUCUUAUGGGUGGUAGAACUACCCAGAUUGAAGCCAUUUCUCAUGACUCAUUCUCUCCUGCUACAGCAGCAGGUGGUGGUGGUGGUGGUGGUACUGCAUCAACUUCAAGCUCAUUUUGUUCCAAUGCUUGUUUAACUUCAAUAAUCCAUCAUGGAUCGUAUUUGGAGAAGGCCAACUUGGUAUUGAACUUGUUGCGAGAUCUAAAUGCAGAUAACUUGGACUUUAACAAGAUUAUAACGUCCUAUAACAGUGAUUCUAAGCUGAAUACCAAUUUCAAGCAUUCCUUUUUGUUAUUGGAACAAUCAGAACAUGGUAAGUUUCGCUAUGUUCAGUUAGUUAAUAAAGUCUCACGAUUAUUGGCUCUUCUUUCCCUCAAAUAUAUGGUUGAUGGAGUAGGUAUAAAUAGCAUACCCAGAGUCCAAUUGGAAAAGAAGUUUGAAUUGUCUUUGGAGUCGGUAGUUUCUGUGAAAAGCUUAUUGUCUUAUUCAAUUAAUGUUGACGAUCAAGUGGUUCAAUUUAGUAGUAUCAAACAUUCACCAACUUCUAUAAGUCAACAGUUAAAGACCCAUGAACAAAUCUUUGCAACUUCAAGCUUAUUGCAAAAGACUUUGGGCGUAUUAAAGCAUUAA